CAAGUUAUUGUAAGGUUGGGCAUGAGUAUCGGCGCGCGAAGACGCACGCGCGUCGCAAACAGUGAGUCAGAGCAGCCAGUCGGUCGCAGCACUCGCUCGGGCAAACGUCCCCGGCAUUUCGCUUGCUUUGUUUUAAUAAUUGUGUCAUACGACAAGAAAAAGGUGGCGCCAUGUCGCACUCGGUGACCAUCACUCGCACCACUACCACCACGAACGGCGGCUCCGCGCUCUUCGUCAACACCGGCUACCUGCGGACGCUGCCCGGCCUACUGAAGCUCGCUGAACUGGCACUUGGAGCGGCGUGCGUUGGCGUUAUUGGAUACUACCACAAUGAAAAAGGUUACGUGCUGCACGCUCCAGAGCUUUUCUUCUUUCUGAUGGCAGUGACGUUCAUGAUCGGCACGUUUUGUCUUCUCACGGCGUGCUUAGUCUCCUUGUCCACAGCUUCUCUAAUAUCAAAGACAAUAUAUGAGGUGAUAUACCACGGUUUGGCUUGUAUCCUGUAUUUGGCAGCCAGUCUCACGUUACUGAUAGAAGUCAAUCGGUACAAAAAUACUUACGGAUACAGAAGCUAUUACGAACCGUAUUUAGCCGCUUCGAUUAUGGGACUUGUCGUGGCUACACUGUAUUUGGUAAGCACGAUUUUCGCGAAUCGUUCGUACCGUGGAAUAUAAGCCAUAAGUACACUCAGGAAGUCAGGAUUUUCAUGUCUAUACAAACACAAUAUCUAGUGUGUUCCACAACUAUUUUACUUUCUAAGAUGCCAUCUUACUGCCUUUGCCAUGAAUGUUAAAGAUAAGGAUAAAUAUAUUAUAUGUAAUAUUGAGA